AUGACCAAGCAAAAAGUCAGCGUCCGCGUCGAAGACACUAAUGCAGUCGACGAACCAGUUGUAGUAUCCUUCCCUUCUGGUUUACCAGAGUCGAUACAUAGCGGAGGUUCAGACAAUGUGGCGCCGAAAUUCUCCUGGCAGAAAAAAUAUGAGAAGUUAUCCUCCAGUCGCAAGAUUGUCGGAAAAGAUAAGCACUGCAUAUACACUGCAUCAGCGAAAGGAUCUCUGUUUGACGAUCGUCGCACGAAACUUUGCGUGGGAGUAUACGACAAAAAGAAAGGAGUUCUUGUGCUUAAGCAAGCGGCAACAAAAGGGACCGUCUUUGCUUUGGAGCAAACAGUUCCAUCUUACUUGGAGCACAAUAAAGUAAUCAAAACACGCACCAUCGAGGAUGUUCUUUCAUAUGGAACAAAUGUUUACGAAGAUUUUGGAAGCUCCAAAAAGCGCAAGGUUCUGAGGUCUCAAGCUGCUAACAGGGUUGAAAUCGAUCAUGUGUUUGGUGCAGGUCAAGGCAGUGCAGUUGUUGACAAGGUCAUGAAGGGUGAAGCGAUGAGUGAGAGCAACAGAAAAGCAGUCGAAGCAAGCAAGAAGGGGGACAAAGAUCAUAAUCUGGCUCAAGAAAUUGCUUUUGAAACCCUUCGUCGCAACUUUCUUCCUCCUUACAAUGAGCUUGCUGUGAAACCGAACAAAGUGUAUGAGGCAAAGGAAAUUGCCGGUGAAACGGCAUGGUCGAAAAUCUAUAACACGGUGCACUACUGCACUCACCAAGCGGAUGUUACCAGUGCUAUCGAAGAGUGCCUUGGGGACAAGGAAAAAGCAUGGCACGACUGUACACUGAAACUCGUCCGAGAGAUUACACCAGAUUCAAACAAUGCUGGGCAUAGAUACGCAUGCACCAUUCUAUUGAAUCACCUUAUCAACUUUUUUAUUGCAAACAAUAGAAGAAAAUCUAUUGCUCCAAUCGACGAAAAGAGCUCCUCGCACUUUGGCAUCCCCAAUGAAGUUGCAUCGAAGUUCCUGGAGCUUUUCACAACUGAAAUGCAAAAUAAGAGUGGCAAAUUUUCGUACGCAAUGUCCAAGACAGACAAAGACAAGUGUAUUGUCCACGCACUUGUACUUUACAUGAUCGCCCAUGGACCAUCAAUGAAAAUUGGCAAUGUGAAAAAGAUUGCAGACGACAUGAAAGUUCCUCUCAACGACUGCGGUAACAUGUUACGGCUAGCUGGUUGCACAGUUGCAAAGAAGGGUCCGAUAAUGAGUGCUAUAUUGAAGACACCGUUGACCUUCCCACCACCGAAGCGUGGCGGUCCUCGUGGACGAUAA